CUGAGGGCAUCACGCCUUCAGCUUUCAAAUCUGGGUGACCACGUGAGUUAAACCCCGGAGGACCUUCCACAGCUGCGACCCGUCACGCCAGGACAGAGGAGGCUUGACCCCCUCAGCCCUCAUUUCAUUUCCCUCACAUGCCUUGGUGAGAGAGAGACCGCAGCGUGUAACCCGACCUCCUGUGUUGGCCUCUCCUCCUCUUCCUCCUCAGAUCUGACACACUUUCCUAAACACUUCCAUGUGAACUUUCUGUUACACUCAUCAAGCGCCGACUUAUUACAGUUUAAUUCAGACUUGUGGGGCCACAUCCACCCUGUGGACUUGAACUGUGCGCCCCUCUUUGGCUCUUUUUUCCUUGUCAUUGCUUUGCAUUGUGUCAUUUGCAUCAUAUGGCAAGGCACCACCACGUCAGGGUUCCAACCUGCCUGCUGCACAGUCAGCUUGGCUUUGUAGUUUUGGUCACCAGGUAGCACUUUCUUCAUAAUACGGUGAGAUUUUGUCAUGUAUAAUUAUACAUAUUUUAAUAGUUUGUGUUUCAAUUUACUUAGUUAAUAGUUUUUACUUACAGUUUUACUUUUCAUUUUGUAAAAUAAAUAUUUAUCAAAUAUAUUUAUGAAAAUAAGGAUUGUAAAAAUGUUCUGUAGAAAUGAAAGCAGCAAGGAAGUGAAAAAAAUAUUUUGAAAAAGAAGAGGAAACUAGAGAAACUAGAAGUUGGAAAAUAGAUUAAAGGGAAAAACAUCAAAGGGAUUGGAGAUAAAAAUAUGUAUCUCUGUGAAUAAAGUGACUUCAUAAGAGGAAAAAAGAAUUGCCAAGGAAAGAAAAACGUGUGAAGACAAGGAAACAAAAUUUAUGACUUAAAAAUAAUUGGGAAAAUAAUUGUUUUUCAAAAAUAUCUGUGGCAAAAUAAAUGAAAUUGAAUGCUAGUGCAACCGACUGUCUGAAAAAAAUGUGGGUGUUCAUUGACAUGACGUCAGGAAUGAGGCAAACUGGACGUCUAACUGGACUGUGUGACGUUGUGUUUUUGCUGGACACGGGGUGCGGGUCUCACAGAUCAAGAGAGUACUUUGAUUUUAUAAUGUGACUACAGAAACGCUGAGGUAGAAGAACGGCUGGUUCCAUCUCAGCUCAUAAUCCAACUUUGGAAAACUCUGCUAUCGCUGCUGGACGUGUAACAGAUGACUUUCCCUUCAGCUCCUCCCGCAGCGCGUCUCCCUCUCUCCCUGUGUGUGUGUGUGUGUGUGUGUUUUGGUUGGAGGAGGGGAGUUUUGGAUUUCGGUCGCAGACAGACGGACUGGAGAAAAAGAGAAAGAGGUUGUUUUUCUGGUGUGUUAUGGAGGACCAGGACACUCAAACGGCUUUCUUUUACGGAGGACAUGAGCACAAAAAAAGAUUCACGUCCAGCAACUUUGAUGCAUGAAGUUUUCCAGACUUUCGUCUUUUGAAUGGGAGUCAUAGUUUUUGAAGGGGAGCCAGCAAACUUGGUCUUUGUGGAGUCAAACGUCUGGCUUUUGUUGGAUUCUAAUGUCAAACUGUCGGUAGCUUGGGCUCUCCAGCCGCCUCUGUUAUCUCAAGUGUGUUUUCCACUCCUGGAGUCUGUCUUCUGUCUCUCCAUUUCUCCUUUGUGCCCUCUGGAGAAGGAGGAGCUUUGGAUCCAACAAGUCGAGAGCCGGACGGUGAAGUCAUCGCCUCAGAAGUCGUCCAGGAGGAUUAAUGGAAUCAUGAAGUGCACAAUCGCACUUGGACAAACAAGUUAAAGACUCUCAUUCAUCACACACAACAGAAAGCUGUUUUCUCUGCGUCUGGAGCCCGCCCCCUCAGCCCUCUGCAUUCAUGGAAACGCUCUGAGCCAAUCACACGCGAGUCAUGGACUGCACAGCGGCUGUUUUGAAAGCAUGCGCCCGCUCCAGGAGCAUGUGGCAGGGGAGCCAGCCUUCCCGGCGGCCGUGCUGCUGCUGCGGCAGCAGGGAGGUCAUGGCCAGCGGAGCGGUCAGACACGCGUCCUCGCUCCUCAGAGGGCUGCUGUUCUACGCCUGCUGCUGCUCCAGCCACGAGGAGAGCUCCGACCUGCGCCGGGACUGGGUGGACUUUCCUGCAGACGCAGUUAAGAGACCAGGAAGUGGGAGGAGAGCGGAAGGUGAGGAGGAGGAGUUAGGACCUCCACCCACGGUGGACGAGGCAGCCGACGCUCUCAUGACCCGACUGGGUUUUCUGCUGGGAGAGAAGGUCGUGAGCGGAGAACCCGAGUCCGUGUACCAUGGUCAGGCGCAGAGGAUUUCUCCAUCCUCCAGUCUGGCCAGCAGCGGUGCCUCCCCUUGCUCCACACUGCAGCCCCCUGCUGACGGAGAUGGGAACAACCACAACAAGCUUGUCUCCAACAGGGCCUCAGUCACCUCCCCCUCUUCAACCCUGGAGAGCCGGGACAGCGGCAUCAUCGCUACACUGACCAGCUACUCAGCUGACUCGGCAGUGGAGCGCGAGGAGAGCGCCAAGCGGCCUGGAGAGGGCUCUCAGGGCGGCAGCCUGAACGUGUGGAGGAGCAGCGGGCGGCCCGUGGUGGCAUCCAGCUCCUCCGCCUCCAUGGUGGCAGCGGGAAGCUCCGGCGAAGGGUUCCGCUACAGAGGGGAGGAGAACAUGGCUGCCUCCACCUACAGCCUCAACAAGCUCCACCCAGACUGGGGCCUCGACUCGGCCCGCUUGUCCGGCUCCACCCACUCCAUCCCGCUCUGCCUCUUGCCCCGCCCAAACUCUGUUGCAGCCACCAGCUCGGCUCACUUGGAGGACCUGGCCUACCUGGAUGAGCAGGCCAGACACAUCCCCUCGAGGACGUCGCUCAGAAUGCCCCGGCAGAAUUCAGGGAGCCGCGCUCAGCAGGAGAACAGAGUUCGCUUCACGCCGUCCCUCAACCUGAAGCCGCUGCACUUCGAGGUUCCCGGCCUCUCGUCUGACUGGAUGUUCGCCGGGAGGGAGUGGCUCUUCCAGGAGGUGGAUGCCUGUCUCCGAGGCGACAACCCGUCGUCGAACCGGGGCGUGGUCAUCGUCGGGAACAUGGGCUUCGGCAAAACGGCCAUCAUCGCCCGGCUGGUGGCGCUCAGCUGUCACGGGAGCCGCAUGUGGCCGAGCACUCCGGCGAGCCAGACCUUGCCGAAACAUGCUGACUCGUUCUCCGAUUCCCUGGCCAGAGGAGAGGGACAGGACGCAGGAGGAAGCUGUCCUGGGACUCCAGAGAUGAAGAGGAGGCAGCAGGAGGCGCUGAGGAGGCUCGCAGCUCAGGUGGUCUCCUACCACUUCUGCCAGGCCGAUAACUGCCACUCAUGUCUGGUUCCCGAGUUCGUCCACAACAUGGCGGCGACGCUGAGCGACAGCCCUCAGCUGGUGGCGUACCGUGACCUCCUGCACCGCUCACCGCAGCUCCAGAGCGCGCUGAGUCUGCGCUCCUGCAUCCAGGACCCCAGCGCCGCCCUGGAGAGGGGCAUCCUGGAGCCUCUGGAGGGUCUCUGCCGGGACAGGAAGAUUCACGUGGAGGGGGCGGGCCUUAUUUUACUGAUUGACGGGCUGAACGAGGCGGAGUUUCAUCGGCCGGACUACGGCGACACGCUGACCUCCUUCCUGUCCAGGAACAUCCAGAAGUUUCCACCGUGGCUGAAGGUCAUCACCACUGUCAGGAGCACGCAGCAGGAGAUCACUCGCUCGCUGCCCUUUCAUCACGUCUCUUUGGACCAGAUGGAGGAGAACAGUGCCAUCGACCAGGACCUGGAGAGCUACCUGAUGCAGCGCAUCAACAGCAGCGCGGAGAUUCAGAGCAACAUGUCCCUCAGCAACGGUCGCCUGGACAACAUGGCCAUCGUGAAGCUGGUGAGCCACCUGAAGAGCCUGAGCCGAGGCUCCUACCUGUACCUGAAGCUCACCCUGGACCUGAUCGAGGCCGGGUUCCUGGUGCUGAAGAGCUCCAGCUUCAAGGUCGUCCCCGUCAGUCUGGCCGAGGUUUACCUGCUGCAGCUCAACAUGCGCUUCCCCACUCAGUCGUCCUUCCAAAGAGUUCUGCCGCUGCUCAACGUCAGCGUGGCGUCCCUGCACCCGCUGACCGACCAGCAGCUCUUUGAGGUGGUGAACGCCGGCGCUCUGAGCGGAGGGUCGAUGCUGUGGAGCGAGUUCGUGCAGCGCCUGGAGCAGCUCUCUUCCUUCCUGCUGCGGCGCUCCGACGGCACCCGCAUGCUCAACCACACCUCCUUCAGGGAGUGGCUGGUGUGGCGGGAGGACGGCCAGGACGACCGCUUCCUCUGCGACCCCCGGAGCGGACACACGCUGCUGGCCUUCUGGCUCUGCAGGCAGGAGGGGAAGCUGAACCGGCAGCAGACGCUGGAGCUCGGACAUCACAUCCUCAAGGCUCACAUCUACAAGGGUCUCAGUAAGAAGCUGGGGGUCUCCUCAUCCGUGCUGCAGGGGCUGUGGCUGUCCUACAGCACAGAGAGCGUGAGCAGCGCUCUGUCCUCUCUGAGGAACCUCUACACCCCGAACAUCAAGGUGAGUCGUCUGCUCAUCAUGGGCGGCGCUGAUGUGGAUCACCGCACCGACGUCCUCAACAGCGCCCCGCUGCUGUGCGUCCACGCUCACCUGGGUCACCGGGACGCCGUGGCUCUGCUGCUGGACCACGGGGCUCAGGUGGACACCAGGUCACAUGACGGCCUGACCGCGCUGGGAUUCGCCGCCUCGGCCGGACACAUGGAGGUGGUCAGCAUGCUGAUUCAGCACAGAGCGAAGGUGGGUCACGUGGAUGGUUCGGGCCGGUGUGUUUUGGUGCACGUGGCUCAGCGGGGCCACCUGCAGGUGCUGCGCUUCCUGCUGAAGCACACCGUGGAGUGGAACUGCACCACCUGCUGCGGCCAGAGGGGGGUGAGCCGGAGCCAGGCAGUGCAGCAGGCCCUGAUCGCUGCAGCCAGUGCGGGACACGCUGAGAUUGUUUCAUAUCUGCUGGAUCGUCCUGAGGAAGAGCAGCGAGAGGAAGAGCGAGUGGAGGUCAACAGUCCGGACAGUCUGUGGGGGGAGACAGCGCUGACGUCGGCAGCAGGAGGCGGGCGCUUGUCGGUCUGCAGGCUCCUCCUGGAGAACGGAGGUGCUGUCCAGCAAGCCAGCAAACGAGGCAUCACGCCGCUGUUCAGUGCUGUGAAACGAGGUCACUGGAAGGUGGUGGAGCUGCUGCUCAAACACGGAGCGGACGUCAACACGAUGGAUCAGCAGGGUCGAACUGCUCUGAUGAUGGCAGCAUCCGAGGGUCACAUCACCACGGCUCAGCUGCUGCUGGAUCACGGAGCUUCACUGGACCGGGCCGACCGGGAGGGUCUGACUGCUCUGAGCUGGGCCUGUCUGAAGGGUCAGCUGCCGCUGGUUCAGGAGCUGGUGGAGAGGGGAGCUGCCACCACGCACUCGGACCGCAGCGGCCGGACUCCUCUGGACCUGGCUGCCUUCAGAGGAGAUCCAGAAGUGGUGCAGCACCUGGUUGACCACGGCGCCUCUGUGGAGCAUGUGGACUCCAGCGGGAUGAGACCUCUGGACCGGGCUGUGGGCUGCAGGAACACCUCCGCUGUCAUUGCGCUGCUCAAGAAGGGAGCGCAGAUCGGACCAGCCACCUGGGCCAUGGCCACCUCCAAACCUGACAUUUUGAUGGUUCUUCUGAGCAAACUGAUCCAGGAAGGAGACAAACUGUACAAGCAAGGGAAGGUGCGAGAGGCAGCUCAGUCCUAUCAGUCAGCGCUGCAGAAGUUCCCUGGAGACGAGCUGAAGACCUUCAGGCAGCUGAGAGUGUCGGUGCUGCUCAACCUGUCGCGCUGCCGUCGCAAGAUGAACGACUUCGGCCUCGCUGAGGAGUUUGCCACUAAAGCGCUGGAGCUAAAAGCGAAAUCGUACGAAGCGUUCUACGCCAGAGCACGAGCCAAACGUAGCCGCAGACAGUUCCAUGCAGCGCUGGAGGACCUGAUUGAGGCCAGUCGUCUUUGUCCUGCCAACCGGGAAAUCCAGAGGCUGCUGGCACGGGUCAAGGAGGAGUGUCGUCAGUCGGGCCAACAGCAGGACCCGUCGCUUCACGUCUGUCCACAGAAUCAGUCUUACGUCGAGUCCAGAAGCCGUGACUCCGCAUGCUUGCAGGGCCAAGACCGGGAAGCCCACACUGAGGAAGAGGGGGAGGAGGAGGAAGACAAGCUGCAUGAGAGGGAAGUGGAGAUGUAUCCCCAAAGCUCGGAAUCGCUGGAUCAUCCUGGUGGACCGAUGGGGUCUUCGCUGUCCCCGACUCACUCAUAUCAUCACUCCUCCAGUCCCACCCACCUCCCGCCAUCUAGUCUCCAUCAGACUUCUCCUCCGCCCUCCUACCAGUGCUACAGUCCUGCAACAUCCCCGAUGCACCAUCAGCAGCGAGCCGCCCCUGAGGUGUUCUCAGUCCUGCAGCAGCAGCCGACGUCUUUCUAUCAGUCGGAGAACAACCAGCAGCUUCAACAUCAUCUGGCAAGUCAGAGGUCCUUCCAGAACCCUCAAGCUCACUGGCAACAGCAACCCAGAGGCCAGAUGCCAAGACCCGCCCAGCCGGGUCUGGUUUUUGGAAGUUCGGCGUACGCCCAGUUUGGUCAGCUUCCUCCGGAACUGUCUGAGCUGGCGCAGAGUCCGCAGGUGCAGGCGGGUCUUGGCUCCGGAGGGGCGUAUCGUCUGGAUGAUGCGGAGGCCGACCUGGUUGGCCAGUCCAGACCGGCAGCCAGUUACAGCAGGAGUUCCAACAUCGGAACUCAUCGGUUUGGUCAGCCUCGGCAAUUCAACCGCAACCAGUCCAAAGCGGCAUAUUACCCCAUGGAGGUUACUGAGGCCACAAUGACCCCAACCGAGGGCCUUCCGCUCUCCCCGGAUCACCAGUAUUACAACCAGGCUCGACGUCCACUCAGUGCACACCCCACUUCUGCGCCUGCUCCGGCGCCACGUCCUCUCAUUCACUCCCAAAGCCACAGUGUGCAGUUCUCCAGUUCCACCAGUAGCAAUAACCUCCCCAGUGGACAGCAGUCGGCCCGAGGCCCUGGCUUCAGGACGUCUGCUUCAACCCAGCACAUGGAUCUACCUCCUGAUCUGGGUGGACCUCCUGGUUACCAUGAAGAUCUUUUGGAGAUGGUUGGCGGUGGGACCUUCCCAGGAGAGGGGGGUCGUUCAACUCGAAACACCCCCUUCAUGGGAGUCAUGGACAAGUCAGUGAGGGUGCAGCAGCAGUACCCCCAACAACCUCCCCCCAGCUCCUCCACUCUCAGUCCCUCUCGCUCCUGGGCUGUGUCCUCUGUGGAUACCGUCAUCACCUCUCCCACCAAGACCCCCACCACCCAGCCACUGCCGUACUCCAUCGCCUACCACAACCACAGCAACAACAACGCACACAAUGGCCACCAGUACCACGACAACCAGCGCCACUUCUACGAUGUCAUGCCAGGCACCCGUCCUCUGGGCGACACCUCAAUGAAGGUUGCGAGUCAGAAUCCGUCCUUCUUUGACGUGAAGCUGGCCAGAACACUGCCGGUCAUCCACAGCUACUCGGACAGAGCGAACGACAGAAAGACGGGCCCUACCUCUCCUGUCAAACCAAAAAGACCAUUUGUGGAGUCUAACGUCUAGAUGUCUGAAUGAGUGGGGGGGUGGGGGCGCCCACUCCCGAGGGCGCAAGACUGUAGCCUGAUCUUUGUGUCCUUUUGAAAGUGACUGAGCGCAACCACGAAAGAUGUCUAAGGAUUUGUUGGUCCACGAAGCUGCACUGGACGCUCACAACAUUUCUGCUCUUGGACGUUGACUGGAAUUUUGGACAGUUUUCAGGAUUUCACGUGGAAGGUGAACGGAACUCUUUGCGAAAUGACAUUUGUGCACUAAUGAUCCGCUGCCUGUCAGGGACCAAAGCAAACAGCAGUUCAACUGAAUGUUUAGGUUUGUGGUCUUCAGAUGCGUCGGCCCUCGACCGAACACUUCUGGCUGAUCUGUCGCUGGCCUUGCUGCCCGGCACUCUGGCGAUGCUUGCCACUUCUCCCUAAGACAGGCCCCGGGACUCCAUGGCAUGUCUGAUGAGUUUUGUGUGGCAUCCCUCCUCUGAUACCAUCAGAUCAGCCCAACUAGCUUGCCAACCCCAACCCCCUCCUUGAAGACGUAGUGAUUUUCAGUUCCUAGCUGGGGGUCCUUCGACUCAAGCAUAGUGGCGACACUCCUAUAGACCGCCAGCGUGCCACUCUACUUCUGACACCAUUUGCGACAGAGCGGAUGACGGUGGGCCCCGCCCACCCGUGGUUUCCUGUCGGAUCCCUGGAUUUGUCACGGCACCAAACUAGCCAGCGUCUUAGUUUCUACAGACUCACAACUAGUUCAACAUAUCAUUUUCCCAGUCUCCCGACUGGAACGUGUACAGGUGCCAGUGUCCCAGAAACAACAGCGACGACUGUUGCUGAAUAAGUGGAGAAUUAAAAAAAAACAGCUGUUUAUUAAGUUAUUGGUGAAAGAAAAAAACAAAAAGUGCUUCAGUGCUGUCAGACAAAAGAAUAAUAAAGAGGCACUUAACCGUCCAGAACCUAGUGCACCAGUCAGAGGCGGGUGGGGGACCCGGUGGAAGCCAUACUGACUUGCUGUAAAUAGACAUAAAGUAAGUGAUAUUUAUCGUUUCUAAGUUAUGUCUGUAUUUAACUAUAAAUAUUGUUUUUGUCUAUCAGAUGUUUAUUCUUGUUUUUGCUACUGUUUUAUUUCUAAGAGCAAAGUUAGCAAGAAAAAAAGCCCCUGCGCGAGUCGGAUGCCCAGUUUUGUUUGCUUGUCCGUGUUAACUGAGUAAUGUUGUUGUUACCGCUACAAACGCAUUCAUGUCGACUUUGAUUCCGUACGAGACCCUUAAGACACUCAGCUGCGGCUCCCUGGUGCUAUGAACAGCCAGCUGAUUCCGAGUAGAUGAUGUCACGUCUACCCUCCACCAAAAAUGAUUUUGUUGCCUUUCGUCUUGUAUUUCGAGCGCUGAGUAGCAUCUAUCUGAAGAAAAGAGCAACACACUGUGCGGGCUCGCUGGCUGGGUUAGCCACGGCUAACUCGUCACUUCGCUCGACGCAAGCACAAGUCGCAUGGCUGGAGUGGAGCACAAGUCUGAAGCGUGUAAAAGGACGUGCAGCCAGUGCUACUGGUCUCUGCUGAAGGUGUCGGCGUUAGCUUGAAGAGGCUAACCGUCCGGACAGAAUGACUUGUUUCUUUUUGUGCUCAUGAAUGACUGUUUCUUCUGUAGGUUUGUGUUUUUUAUGUUUCUAAUAAAUCAGCUGUUGCUGGUGAAAGUUCCACAGCGUGAGUGAGUUUGUCCGGUUUAUCAAGGACCGAAGCUUCUGCUCUGACAGUUGAGGGACUUGCGUGUAUCGAAU